UCUCCGUCUUUUAUCGUCUUUGAAGAGUUUGUUCUCUCGCUUUUAGAAGAGGACAUACCCGUGAGAAAGUCAGUCGCUCGAGAAUUAUGUUGCUUUAAAGAAGCGCGUGUGGAUUUUACCCGCGAAGAGAACGCUCAGCUGCCUACGAGAAGAGCGAGGCUGUGAGGAUUUGGAACGCUCAAGCGCUCAAGUAGUCCAUCAGGGAACGCACGGUGUGAGUUUGGUGGUGGCCGAGGAGUCGGAUCAGAGCAAUGCCUGCCAUGCCAUCAGUCACUGAUGCACCUUGUCACAGGAAACGCUGGCAGGUGCUUGUAUGGGUCGUCAUGUCUCUGCUGCCCCUAGUGGCAGGAGGCAGGUCACGUUUUCGGGCAGAAUCCGAAGCUGCGGUAGGAUUUGCUGGGAUGGAGGAGCUGCCAUUAGAGGCUUUUCCAGAUGCUCAGGAAGAGCUUGAGGAGGGCAGUGACUCCCCAUGGGACGGUUUGUUUGAGCCAUCUGUGCUUGUCGAGGAUGACCAACAGCCAGCAAUAUGGGAACGUUCCCCCCGCUCACCGGACACUUCUGACAUACAGACCAAAGGUGCACGCAAGAAAAAGAAGAAAAAAGAGAAGGAAGAAAAGAAAAAGAAAGAGAAGAGCAGCAGGGGUCAGCAUAGCAGCCGGGACUGUCGCGUAGAGAAACGUGAAAUGCGUGUACGGGACCUGGGCAUGGGCUUCGACUCAGACGAGAUUGUCCUUUUCAAGUUCUGCGUCGGGUCCUGUCAGAGGUCUCGUGGGAACUAUGACUUGGCUCUGCGUGCUCUUCUGGCCAACGGUAGUCUGCCCAAGCGCACCGCCAGGAAGGUUAGCGCACACCCCUGUUGCCGGCCCACGGGCUAUGAACCCGUCUCUUUCAUGGAUGCUACCACAACCUGGAGAACCAUCAAGUCCCUCUCCGCAGCAGACUGUGAGUGCGUGGGAUGAGGCAAGCUGAAUGAGGGGAGGGAGAGCCUGACCUGCAGAAACGGUGCAAAGAGACGAAAGGAGGAAUCAGGAAGCCUCCUGGGCCAUGGCUACAGAACGAGGUCGGGCGAGUUGGCCAUGGUGAAGCGCUGUGAGGGAAUUUGGUUUGGCUGUGAGUGAUACACAACAACAGCCUAUGUAUACAAAGUUUCAUCACACCAAACCUCGACAGAAAGCUUGAAUGACGUUAGAAUACGAUUCGACCAAUUCCAAGACCAAGAGAUGAUGAGAGACUCUUUUGGGCUCAAUAUGGAGAGAGUUUGAGGAUGGAAGAACAGCAACUUUGGUUUGAAUGGCUCUAUAAACAAAAACUACAUGUUAUAACUUGACGAGCAUUUGCUUACCAGGAGUUUCAUCAGACUUGGAUACAGCACGAAACCCUGUUUCAUUUGUCAGACUCAUUUGUUGAUCCUGGAUGUCAGUGCCCAUUUUCCUGGCCUUCAGUCUGGCAUGUAAUAUUUCAGCCAGAUUAGCAACAUUUGGAUCAUUCAUUAUUAACAGCACAUUAUUGUGGUAAUUACAAUGUAAUUGCACAAACAUAUGUGGAGUAUUAUUAAAAGUUUAGCCUGACAGAAAACACGCAGGCCAGUUAGUAUUACCCUUUCAGCUGGAAGCGCUGUAUUUGCAGUAGGUUUUUCAUUUCUCAGGAUUUUUACAUGAAUGAUAUGAACUAUUUUUCUAGCUUACAUUUUUAAUCCUUUUUAAUACCAUAAAUAAAGUAAGGGGUAUUAAAGGGUUCAUGUUCCACGGGGCCAGUUUUUUGAUGAAGUUGAUAAAACAUAAAGUCAAUAAAAUAUGUAAAGAUAGGGACUGUGUAGCCCAAUAGUUCAAUGCAAUAGUUUUUUUCCUAUUUAUUUUAUGCUGGUACAUCAAAUAUCAAUGUACAAAUUACAUAUUACAAAAAAAUACAUAAGUAUGAUUAAACUUUGUGAUAACAUAUUAUCAUAAACAUAGGUAAGCAUGAUGUAGGUCGAAACUGUCAAACUAUGUGAAAUGAUAGUUGGAUUUAGCUACAUACCAAACUAAAGGCCAGCUCUUAAUUCAUCUUGCUUGACAUUUUAGCAUUUAUAUAUUGAUUUAGUUGCACCAUAGUUAUUUGGCCUGACAGGGUUUUCCCCAUUCUAGUUAUCAACAACAAGAAAUUAGCAUAAUGUGAUGUCUACCAGACUGUGCUUUAGCAGGGUCAUUAGCGUUCUCUUUUCUCAAGACAGACGAUGACCACAAUGCAUUUGCCAUUGUUUAUUUUACUGUUACCAAAUGGAUGCCAUGCAUCCCUUAACAUUUACUGUACACUUAACAGAUAUCAUAUUUAUUUUUUUUCCAUUUAAAUUAUUUAUUUAUUACCAUGUCUACACAUGUGUCUUGUGGAUGUUUAUAUUUAUUGUUUAUACCUUGGCCUGUGUUCUUCAAUCCCUGUCAUCUCAUGAUGAGCCAGCAUGGAUAACAACAAGGCUAUGACGAAGGUCAGCUGCAAAGUAACACAGUUGGAGAAAAACUAUUUAGCUAUUUAACCCAAAGGUUUUCAUAGAGUAAGAAGGACUUGUAGAUAACUUUGUCAUAAGGAUUUCAUUGGGUGC